CCCACCUCUCUCUCUCCCCAAGAACAGAGCACGGCCGCCGUCGCCUCGAUCUGCCCCGUCCGGGCAUCUCCGGCGACAGGGAGGACACCUACAGAUUCUCCUCGUCUCCCUCUACCAUUUCCCCCUAUUUAUUUGAUCCGCCGCCGCCAAAAACGUCGCCACCACUCAAUCCUAGCGCCUCCUGAUUCAGGUCCGGUGGGCUUGCCACCGGCUGCAGCGGCAACAACGUCUCCAUGCCUACAUCCUUCCUCAGCGCAGCCACACGCACGAGGCGUGCAGGCACGGGCGUUGGGUGUGUGCGGCUUCACCGGCGCUGCUCGGUCGCCAUGGCUCUGCUGCUAACGGUGUGGACUAGCCACAUCCUACUGCUACUACUGCAAGGUAAAUAGAUCAAGGUGAAUAGAUGUCUCAUGGACUGAUUCAAACCGAGCUGAAGAUAGACAAGAAGUCAAGCAAGAAGGGCUAACACAACAAGGUACUUGAUUAGUACCUGGUGGCAACGCAUGCAGCCCAAAGAGGGGCGAAAUCACUGUUCUGACCUUGUCAACGUUUAUUGUCACAAACUGAACCCGACGUGAAAGUAUUUCACGAUUUGACCCUUUUAAAAACGCCAGGGCCCGCGGCGUUUCCUGCCAACAUUGAAACGAUGAGCCAGCUAGCGUUCCUGGCCAACACGGAAACGCCGUGGUAGCUUGCGUUUCUGCCCUGGUCACAAUCAGUCUGAACCCGCUGUUUCGCUGACGUGGCACGUCAGAAACGCCAAUGUCCCUGGCGUUUCUGCCCUGUAUGAAGUAAUGCGCGCGGGGCCGCGGGGGCCUGACCCAGCCCAUCUUAGCUCCGCUCGGGCAGUUCGUCCCGUGAGGAACUGGCGGCCGCCCCCUCCCUCUUCUUCACCAAAUCCCCCCAGAUCUGCUAUUUUGAUCAUCAAAACGAGUAGAUCGAAGCACCCCCGAGUUGCUUGAGGAUGUUUGAGCCGGAUAAAUAUCCCGGCCUUGAUGAUUAUUACGAGGAGAAGCAUUGUGCUGUGCUUGUGGAAAGAGGGGAGGUUCCUCCAGUACUUCGGUUGAGAGGCCACAACCCACGUGAGUCACUGAGGUAUGACCGUCGCUAUGAGCCUUAUUUUAGAAGAAUGGAUCUUCUCCAGUUUGUGCUCAACUUUAAAGGCACACCACCAUGGCUGAACUCGACGGUCAUUACCGCCCUUACGGACCGUUGGAGGCCGGAGACGCACUCUUUUCACCUUGCUCUUGGUGAGAUUUCCGUCACUUUGGAGGAUAUUGCGAUGAUCUCCGGUCUUCCGAUCAAGGGCAGGGCUCUUACUGGGAAGGUGAAGUCCGAGAGGUGCCGACAAAGGGUUGCAGGUUUGGUUGGUGUUGAACCUCCCCCGUGGAUUCAUGAAACAAAGAAGGAUCCUAGGCCAUCUGGUGUUUUGUUCUCGUGGCUACAAGAACAUUUUUACGAGUGCCCAGAGAAUGCCAGUCCGGCUGUUGUGGAGAGGUACGCCAGGGCUUACUUAUGGAAUCUUUUGAACCAAGUGGUGUUUCCUGACGGCACGGGAUACACAGCCUCGUGGAUGUUCUUGUACCCUCUUCGUAACUGGGAUGUUAAGUGGAGUUGGGGGUCGGCGGCACUAGCCUUCUUGUACCGUCAUGCAAUGCUAAUUUGAUGAAUUUUUAUUAUAUGAAAGAGUUUUUUGCAUGUGA